AGUUGACAUUCGACUUCGCGCGAGGGCGGUUGCGCUGUUCUGUUUUGUGUUUACCUUCGCGCCCCGGUGCUCGCUCCCCGAAAGUGCUUUUUGCCGCCACUUUGACCGUCGUGUGACGUCACGCCUCGCGGUCGCGUGACUUGUCUCAUUGAAGUGGCACUGCUGAUGGGUCGGCGCUGAGCCGUCGUGUUUGGGUGACAGCUGCGUGUCAUCUCUGGACCGUUCGUCGCGGGUCAGGGACGUUUUUUAAGCCAGGGAAAUGAGUGACUAUGCAGGAGGAGUCGAAAUGAUUGGCGAUGGUAUCAGGCAUCGAGUACCGCCGGCCGGGGCUCCGGACGCUGACUCCCUGUCCCUGAAUUCUGAAGCACCAGCUCUACACGAAGUUAAGAAAUUACUAGAAAAUGACAACGCCAGCGAUUUGGUGGAAGAAGAAAGAGGAACUGGAUGUCCUCUACCCAGCACCCCAGUCGAUUUCGUAUCACUGGAAAGAGAAAUGCUCCAGAGCGGAGUGGGCGAGGUAGGCGACAACAGCGACAGCACGGAAGAUCGGGCGCAGAACGAGAACAUGAGCUACAAGGCAUGGUCCUGCAAGGCCGCGAAGGCCGCCUGGACCGCCUCGUGGAACGUCUGCCACUUCCACCAUCUGCCCCAGUGGCUCCAGGACAACGACUUCCUCCACUCCGGCCACCGGCCACCCCUCAACUCCUUCAACGCUUGCUUCAAGUCCAUCUUCAGAAUCCACACCGAGACGGGGAAUAUCUGGACCCAUCUCUUGGGUUGCAUUGCAUUUAUGGGUACUAUGACUUAUUUCUUAACAAGGCCGCCUUAUGAAACAAAGCCUGAUGAUAAGAUUGUUUUUAGUAUGUAUUUUAUUGGCGCCAUCAUUUGUUUAGGUUGUUCAUUUGCUUUUCACACUCUCCAUUGUCACUCAGAAAACAUUGGAAAACUUUUUAGCAAAUUGGACUAUUGUGGUAUUGCCAUCUUAAUUAUGGGCUCUUUUGUUCCUUGGCUGUACUAUGGAUUCUACUGUCAUUUCUAUCCGAAAAUUAUCUACAUGUCCAUGGUGAUGGCCCUCGGUAUUAUGGCAAUGAUCGUCUCUCUAGGCGAAAAGUUUAGUUCACCAAGUUUAAGGAGCGUUAGGGCAGGAGUUUUCGCUGCUUUUGGGUUAAGCGGAAUAAUUCCUGCAAUUCAUUAUGGUUACACUGAGGGAUGGUUCAACAAAGUUGCUCAAGCCUACCUUGGUUGGUUGUUAUUGAUGGGUGUUCUUUACAUCCUUGGUGCUUUAUUUUACGCGAUGCGUGUGCCUGAAAGGUUUUUCCCAGGGAAAUGUGAUAUUUGGUUCCAAAGCCAUCAGAUAUUCCAUGUUUUAGUGAUAGCGGCUGCCUUUGUGCAUUACCACGGAGUCUCAGAAAUGGCUGUGUAUAGAACAACGAUGGGAGAAUGCAGAGCUCAGUCUGCAAUUUACUGACAAAUCUAAUCCUCAGAAUUUUCUCCUGUUCAAUCUUCCAUUUUAGAUGUUAUUAUUUCAGUUUUUUCUGUUUGAUUCCCUCACGUUUAGUUAGGCCUUAAUCAUGAAAUGAAGGUUAAAAUUUUGCUUUUUUUUAGUCCCAUAAGAAACCCUUAAGUCUUUAUUUUUUAUUUUUAAAGUAAUUUAUUUAUUUAUUCCAUUUUCAAUAUGUUUUACUGUCAUACGAUUGAUAAUUGAAUUGGUUUCUUGCUGAUGUGAAGAGGUUAAGUCCAUUGCUCUGUUCUAAAGUUGUGAAUGUUAUUUUAUCCCGUUACCGGUAAAUUGUCAGAAAAUAUGUCCAUAUAUUUCUGUGAUUUUUACAAUCAGCAUUUAUGCAAGGAACCAAUUGAAUUAACCCCCAUUCAUCUUUUUUCAACUAGCGCCAUCUCCCACACAUAUUCAAACAACCUCUAUUUAUAUUUGCCUUGAAAAGGGUGGGACUUUGGGUCAAAAAUUAGAGAGUACAUAGUUCUCCAUGGAUCAAUAAUAGACAAAUCACGUGUACAUACUCGUGAUGCAGAAGUUAAAUCAAUGUUUGAAUUUUUAUUCUUGGUCUAUCAUAGCUUCUGCUUCUUUUAUUAUUUCUAGAGCAUCAGUGGUCCCUGAAAUCCUCACCCCUCACAUUAAUCACAUAAGAAAAUUAUUAAAAUAUUUUAGAAGUGUAAAAAAUUAAGAAUACUUAACUUUAAAUGGUUUUCUAGCUUUCAUCCCGGAACAUAGGCCUCUUUCUUAAUAGUUUUUGCGUAAAUAUCGGUUUUACAGACUCCAAUGGCAUGGUGUGCUUUGCAUUAUAUUGAUUGAUCUGCCAUUUAAAGCUAUGAAAAAGGAUUGAUGAAGAGAGUGUUUGCAAUGCACACCUUAAUAAUCACUUCUUUACCACAGCUUCAAAUGGGGAAUAUUGAUAAACGGGCAUUCACGCCUUGCCACCGACAGGGACAUUUGUAAUGUUAAUGUUGUUGUUUCCCUAAUCAAAUAUUUCCAAAUUUUGACGGUUUCAGUGAAAAUGCUUAUCUCAUAAAUCUCUGAAAAGUGCUGUUCAUUUCUACAAAAGUGUUUUCUGAAUGGUUAAAAUUCAAAUUUAAAAUUUUUCCGCAACCAUUUGAAAUUGGCCUUGGUUCCAAAACUUGAGGUGGUUUUUUGUUGUUGAUAAUCUGUAGAGUCUAUAGUGAAAUUUGUAUCUUAAAUGCACUAAUUUUUAGUCCAAUAAUAAUUAUUCUUAUGUUUCUCUGCUUGAAUAUUCUCUCACAAUAUUAUAUGAUAAUUCUCUAAGAAUCAAUAAAGUUUACUCUUGCCAGAGUGGAAUGAAAUUUAAAAAAUACUAUUACAACUCAGCUGAUCAACUACAAACAUCCACCUAUUGUAUUUCAACUUCUAAUAUGUGUUAGGUGUAAUAUGUAGGAACCUAUUUUCUCUUUAAUUUUUCCUUCAAAAAUUUUGCAACUUGGUUAGUGUCUAUUUUUUUAUCUCAUGCUUUAUACUUUGUCUUAGUUAUCAUAUCCUUUUCAUUAAUAUUUCCAUGUUCUGUUCCUGCUACUCUCUACUAUUGAAAAAAGUUAUUUUAUUGAAGUUAAUAUACUGCAUGUAUCAAUUAUGAUAGCAGAUUCUGAAUAAUCUUUAUAUAUUUUAUUAAUGAUAUCUGGAAGCUUUGUUCAUAUACUGUAGAGGUUUUCCCCCUAUUAGUUCUCUGAUAGCUACCUAUCUAUCUUUGCAGUGAUCAAAUUAAAAAGUAGUGUAUUUCCCUCGGGAAAUACAGGAAAAAAGACUAUCAGUCGACUAUCAGCAUUUUAACAUAGGAUUUACAUAUUUUCCUCUCUUCCAAUCAGUACAAGAUUUAAACCAGUUUUAUGGUGACUCGUAAAGAUUUAGUCUAAUCAUUUUUUUCUCUGUCUCCCCAACUUUCUUUGACACGCUAAUGUCAACAACUGUCACUUAAUAAUCAAGUCAAUAUCGUAAAUUUGAUAAUAAAUAACAUUUUGCAGGAACAGAAUGUGUAGCCUACAACUGAGAGGCUUUUUUGUUCUGUAUACAUUAUGAAAGAAUUGGUGUAACGCAAGAAUAAAACAUAAAAGCAAAAAAGAAGCCUUUAAACUGUCGAUUAAAUUAUAGAUUAUCUCUCAGCACUGAAUUCGAGAAUGUAAUUCUGAAUUCAGAGCGUUUAAAGUCUGAUUGUUUAGGUAUUACUGUACAAAUUAUUCCUAAAUAUUUAAUUUUAGUUGAGUAGAACCGCUUCAAACCUUAAUGCUAUAUCUCUUCGCAUCAAACUCUGCGAGCAUUUUGUUUGUAUCUACCGUCUGUUGAUGCGCUCAUUUUAAAAUGAAUCAAAUUUUAUUAAAAGUAAUUACUGAAACUAAA